AUGUCCGAGCACGUCGUGCUAAAACUGAGCCACGCCGGAGAAACGCACCGCACGACCGUCGCGCUCCACAAAACCGACCGCUACGAGCAAUUGAGCUACGACCUUGUCGUGGCCAAAGUGUGCGAGACGUUCGCCAAGCUCCCUGGUCAAUGGACGCUCGUGUACCGUGACGACGAGGGCGACGUGAUCACCGUGUCGCACGCACUCGAGUUCGACGACGCGUGCCACGUGCUCCUCCGGCUCUCGAGCAAUAGCAAUGGUAUCAAUAGCAACCGGAAGCUCCGUAGCGUCCACUUUUACGUGCUCUCGCGCGUGUCUUUUCGAGAGAAACUAGUCGCUCCUGUACUGCAAAAAGUCAUGGCCCUUGCUCAAUUGGCGCGGGAAGCUGCGACACUCGUGCGCACGCGCGAGAUCCUGGACAAGGGCCGCGAGUCCUUUUUCCGCUUUGCUGGCGGCGCAGUCUCUCAGGCUGGGGCCGCUAUGAGCCACAUUUGCAGCAGCGACGUGCUCGUCCGAGGCCGUGAGUCGCUCGGCCACUCGGCUGCACACACGCGGACGCUGCUCUUGUCUGCACGCAGUGGCGUGAGCACGCGGUUGCAACGCGCGGGCUCGGCUGUGGCUGCGGGCAUUGAGCGCCGUCGAUCGGCCAGUGGGUCGAGUUUCGAUGGCGACUUUAUGGUGGACGAUACGAAGCGAGGCGUGUCGCCUGUUGAAGCUUCCGCUUCAGCUGCUGCUCCGGCUUCAAUGUCACUGUUACCGAGGGAAGUAACAGUGACAGUCGAUUUGCGACACUCGAGUGUCUUGGCGUCGGUUGAGGAUCGAACAGCUGGGAAUGGGGAAGUGAGGGACGAGGACGAAGAGACGUCUCGGAGUGAAGUAGAGGCGGACGCAGAAGUAGCAGCAGCACAGGAAAGUGAGACGGCGUACGAAUCGGACGCUGAUACGCUGUGCGACGAGGAGGAGGAUCGCGAGUGGGACAUUGUUGACGACUCGAGAGGUAACACAGCGAGCGAAGCUGUUGCCGGGAUCGAGGGGAAUUGGACCCGAGAGCUUCAUGUGCUGCAGAGUGUUCUCGUGGAAUUGGACCACGACCGCUGUUGUGACUUGCUGAGUCAGUACAACGGCGAUGUAGAGGCGGUGCUGGUGAAGCUCACAAAUGUGUAA